AUUUAUUCCACGUUCCUUUCACCAUCGCCGGCCGCCAUCUUUCUCUUUUGACAUAAGUCUUGAUAAAAGCGAUCAACAUGCAGUUGGUAUUCAGAGGAUUGCAAACUCACGUUCUCGAUUGCCAGGAGUCCGACUCCAUCGGCCAAAUCAAAGAACGUAUUGCUGCUUUGGAAGGUCUCCAUAUUGCCGAAGUAAAACUAUAUGCUGCUGGUAGCCCUGUAGCUGAUGAUGCUUUGGUCAGUGGGUUUGAACAAACUGACAUUGAAUUGACUGUUGGUCUUCCUGGUGGUAAAGUCCAUGGUUCUUUGGCUCGUGCAGGAAAAGUAAAAGGUCAGACCCCCAAAGUAGAUAAACAAGAGAAGAAAAAGAAGAAGACUGGCAGAGCUAAGAGGCGCAUUCAGUACAACAGGAGGUUCGUCAACGUUGUAGCUUCCUUUGGACGUCGCCGUGGACCCAACUCCAACUCUGGCCCAGCCACAUAAGCUAUCUUUUUGCAUUUUAUGUAUCAAUAAUAUUUUAAUAAAUAAGACUCUUGUUUAAAC